GUCACAUAAAUUAUGGAUUAUGGCCAAUGGUUAUAGCCAGUAACAACUAGGGGUAGCUAGGCACUGGAGCGUAAAGUUUUUGAAUUGACCGACAAUCGCUAGCAGACUGAGCUGUCACAGUCAGCCUGUUUCUUUACCGCCUGCUAUGUUAGGUUACAGUCUGGCAAGUGUGGAAGAAGUCACAGUCAAGAGACUCAAGAAGCUUGAGCUGUGGCUAGCGACCCGACGUACAUUAUUUACCACAGUUUUCACUAGCUAGCUAGCCUAGUUAGCUACUUUAACCAACGUUAGUUAGGUUAACAAUGUCGUUCAUUAUGACGAAGAAAAAUAAAUUCAAAUUUAAGGUAGAUUUCGAGUUGGACGAACUAUCUUCUGUUCCCUUUGUCAACGGGGUCUUGUUCUGCAAAGUACGGCUCCAAGACGGUGGCUUUACUGAAGAGUCCUCUCGGGAGCAGGUCCAGGCUAACUGUGUGCGCUGGAGGAAGAGGUUCUCCUUCCUGUGUAAGAUGAGUGCCAACGCUGGGACAGGAGUACUGGACCCCUGUGUGUGCCGGGUGUCUGUGCGCAAGGAAAUGAAGGGUGGAAAGACCUUUGCAAAGCUGGGUUUUGCUGACCUGAACCUGUCAGAGUUUGCUGGCUCUGGCAGCACCACGCGGCGAUGUCUACUAGAGGGUUACGAUACCAAGAACACCAGACAGGACAACUCCAUACUCAAGGUCGUCAUCAGCACACAGCUCAUGUCUGGGGACCCCUGCUUUAAAACGCCACCGUCCACAGCCAUGAAACUGGGUAUCCAGCAGGCAGAGGCAGGGUGUCUCUACGAAGACAGGAAGGGAGGGGACACCCACACACCCUGCCUCCCCAUACCAGAGCCCCCAGGGAAGUGUGUGUCUGUUCCUGAUGAGCCGAGAGCAUCUGGCCACUCUAGAACAUCCAGCUAUGCCAGCCAACAGUCCAAAGUGUCAGGCUAUAGCUCAGGUCACUCACGUUCCUCCAGCCUAUCAGAGCUCACACACAAGAGGAACCCCUCAGCGGGCUCCGCCUCCACAGGCAUCGGCAGUAUUCCUGAACCCAGCGUGGACCGGGGGGCUGAGAGGGAGGCCCGCUCUACACCUCCUGUCUCUGUCACCUGUUCCUGCUCCCCCGUGCCUGAACACCCCCCCACCCCCGCAAAGAGCUCUGCCUCCUCAGAGAGACUCAGCAGGUAUCCAGUGAAGCAGAGCUCGGUGGAGUGUCAGCUGAAGAGGGUAGACGCCACACGGGUCGACGCUGACGACAUCGUGGAGAAGAUCCUCCAGAGCCAGGACUUCAGCCACGGCCUGCUGGACUCUAGCGCUGAGGAGGAGGGGCUCAGGCUGUUUGUUGGUCCUGGUGGAAGCACAGCGCUGGGAAGCCAACACACCAGGGUUGGCGCGGGGCCCUACGAGCAGGUGGUGAUCAGACGCUAGCCCUCUGGGAGUGGAUGUGUCUCAUAAGGUGCCAGAACACCACAGAGUCUGACAGAGGGAAAUAGUUCUCACCUCUAUGCAGGACAAACAUUUUGUUCCAAUGGGAGUCCAGGUCUGAGGUGUGGAACCUGUGUAAGCCUGCUCCCCUAGUGUUGAAGCCAGGAGGUGACCUGAAGUUCAUGAUUACAACUUGUUCAAUAACUUUCAGAAGAAAGAGGAUAUAUUGAUAUAUAUACACACACUGUGCAGUCAGAAAGUAUUGAGACCCCUUGAUUCUUUCCACAUUUUGUUACAGUCUUAUUCUAAAAUGGAUUAUAUAAUAUAUAUAUAUAUAUAUAUAUAUAUAUAUAUAUUCAAUCUACACACAAAACCCCAUAAAGACAAAAACAAUUUUUUGACAUUUAUUAAAAGUGGAAAUAUCAUAUUUACAUAAGUAUUCAGACCCUUUACUCAGUACUGUGUUGAAGCACAUUUGGCAGCGAUUACAGCCCUGAGUCUUCUUGGGUAUGACACUACAAGCUUGGCACACCUGUAUUUGGGGAGUUUCUCCCAUUCUUCUCUGCAGAUCCUCUCAAGCUCUUUCAGGAUGGAUGGGGAGCAUCGCUGCACAGCUAUUUUCAGGUCUCUCCAGAGAUGUUCGAUCGGGUUAAAGUGUGGGUUCUGGCUGGGCCACUCAAGGACAUUCAGAUACUUGUCCUAAAGCCACUCCUGCAUUUUCUUGGCUGUGUGCUUUGGGUCGCUGUCCUUUUGGAAGGUGAACCUUCGCCCCAGUCUGAGGUCCUAAGCGCUUUGGAGCAGGUUUUCAUCAAGGAUCUCUCUGUACUUUUCUCCGUUAAUCUUUUCUUCGAUCCUGACUAGUCUCCCAGUCCCUGCCACUGAAAAACAUCCCCACAGCAUGAUGCUGCCACCAACAUGCGUCAGGCAAACUCCAAGUGGGUAGACAUGUGCCUUUUACUGAGGAGUGGCUUCCAUCUGGCCACUCUACCAUAAAAGCCUGAUUGGUUGAGUGCUGCAGAGAUGGUUGUCCUUCUGGAAGUUUCUCCCAUCUCCACAGAGGAACUGGAGCUCUUUCAGAGUGACCUUUGGGUUCUUGUUCACCUCCCAAACCUCCCCCGACCCUUCUCCCAACCCUUCUCCCCCGAAGUGGCCAGCUCUAGGAAGAGUCUUGGUGGUUCCAAUAUUCUUCCAUUUAAUAAUGAAGGAGGCCACUGUGUUCUUGGGGACCUUCAAUGCUGCAGAAAUAUUUUGGUACCUUUCCCCAGAUCUGUGCCUCAACACAAUCCUGUUUUCGAGCUCUACGGACAAUUCCUUCGACCUCAUGGCUUGGUUUUUGCUCUGACGUGCACUGUCAACUGUGGAACCUUAUAUAGACAGGUGUGUGCCUUUCCAAAUCAUGAAAAAACAAAACAAUUUUAGAAUAAGGCUGCAACGUAACAAAAUGUGGAAAAAGGGAAGGGGUCUGAAUACUUUCCGAAUGCAAUGUAUAUAUUGAGUACUGUUGGAAUUAACUGUGCAGAGUGGUAUAAUGUUCUCUACCCAGAGAGGCUAGACUUUCAAUGCUGCAGUACUUCUGUUCAAUGAAGACUUCUUGUUAUACAAGUAGGAGAAUGCUCAGCUCUUACAACAAAAAGGGCUUGUUGUUUUUUUAAAUGUUUUUUUAGUCCUUCCAAAUGGUUCUAGGUUACUCUGGGAGGUAUUUUGUCAUUUACUGUUUUAUUGUUUGGUAUGUUGCUGCUUGAUAUGUUCACUGUGUAAAAUGUGUAGUAUUUCACACACACAGGUGUUUUAACUGACAAAGUGUGGCAAUGAGCUGGUUUCAUUUUCCACAAGGACCUUAAAACUGACUAAAGAACUAUACACAGACAGCUUGCCUGACGUCACCGACCUACAGGUGCCCUAUUCUGUCAAAUGAACAAAGAUGAACUGGCAUAUCUGUUUAGCUAUACAUGGAGGCCCGAGUGGCAAGCACAUCAUUAGCUCAAGAACAUUAUUAAGAUUCUAUGAGCAGAGAAAUUAUAUAAGUGCCAGAUGGGGUUGCCUCUUGGCUCCUUACGAUGAAGUAAUGAAAGGAGGAAAAAGCAAAGGGAGGAGGAGUGUCAACAUCAGAUGGAGGUGAAGAAGAUGUCCUUGAAGCUAUAGAUUAGGGUUAAGGUUUCAAAUCCUCAGGAAAAAUGGUUAUACAGUAAAUGUACUAUGCUCUAUGAUCCCAAAACGGACAGUUCAGUUCACACUGUGUUGCUUUGAUAUACAAAACUGUAUUGGGAGAGAAGUCUCCUUGGUCAGAAAACGUUAAUCUUUUCAGAAAGCUUAUUUUCAUACAAAAACAGGCACUCCUAGCAACAACUACUAGUAAGUAGGAGGGAAAACUGAUUUAGGGACAGUAAACAUGGUUGACGUUUGGAAAGUGGGGCAAGUACAGCUUCACUCAAGAGAAGAUGGAGUCAGUCAAGUACAGCGAUCAAACCAAGAUGUUAAGAGUCCUGCCAAACCAUCAACUAUCUGCAAGGCCAAACAUGACAUUUCUAUAAACGUUUGUCUUGUUCAGUGCUUUGUUGAAAUACUGUUUGUGGAGUUUGUUAUAUCCAUGAUGUAAGUGUUACAUCAUUCAACUUCACAUUCAGACUAGUUCUUGUGAUUGUGUAUGUUAAUACUCUUGCAUUUGUCGGUUUUUACUGGUAUGAAUAAAUUAGAGAAAGAA